AUUAAAACGAAGCUGAAUGCGCGAUUAAGAAUCAAAAAAUUGAUGGAGGUGAAAUGAAAGCACUCACCCAGGAAGGUUGAUGGUAUCGCCAAGACAAUGAAGAAAGCUAGCGACUUUGUGAGUGGCACUAUGAUGUGUAUGCGUUUGAUUUGAGUGGAGUUAUAAGAAAGAGAGCAUGGCCUACACCCAAUCCCUUUUCCUCUCUAACUCUCUCCCAUUCCCAUUCGCAUCACUCCCAAACCCCAAACUCCAUCAUCCACCCUCCACUCAUCUCUUCUUUCGCCCCCUCACUUUUCAAGCGCUUCGCGUGAAACCCCACGUGCCUGUUUCCCCGCUCAAAGCGUCAAUGGCAGGGACCAAAAACGUUACUUUCGAGGUCUUCGAAAAAGACGACCUUGCCGUCUCUCUAGCCAAAUACGUCGCCGAUCUCUCUAAUAAGUUCACCUCUCAAAGAGGGGCUUUCACCGUUUGCUUGUCUGGUGGCUCGUUGAUUCACUAUCUCCGUAAAUUGCUGGAAGCUCCUUAUGUUGAUUCUCUUGAAUGGGCCAAAUGGCACGUGUUUUGGGUCGAUGAGAGAGUCGUGCCAAAGACUCAUGAAGAUAGUAAUUACAAGCUUGCUUUUGAUGGAUUUCUCUCCAAGGUGCCAAUUCCACCGGGUAAUGUUUAUGCAAUUAAUGAUGCACUGUCAGCUGAGGGAGCGGCCGAUGAUUAUGAGACUUGUCUCAAACACUUGGUCAAGAGCAAUGUGAUAGCUUUAUCAUCAGCCACUGGAUUUCCAAAAUUUGAUCUCAUGCUGCUGGGCAUGGGUCCCGAUGGGCAUGUAGCUUCUUUGUUCCCGGGGCAUCCUCUUGUGCAGGAGAAUGAGAAAUGGGUUACAUUCAUUAAGGACUCACCCAAACCACCACCAGAGAGAAUAACAUUCACCUUUCCAGUGAUUAAUUCUUCUGCUUAUGCUGCACUUGUGGUGACUGGUAGUGGUAAAACUGAUGCAGUUCAUUCUGUAUUAGGCGAUUCUCAAAAUUCUGUUAAGCUUCCUGCUGCAUUGGUUGCACCUGAAGGGGAGUUAAAAUGGUUCCUAGACAAAGGUGCAGCCUCAAAGCUGUAGAUCCUGAAGCUAAGCUAGUUGAUGCAUGUGUUGUGCUAGUGUAUUUACCUUUGCAAUAUUGAGUUUGUGUAUGAGAACCACAUAUCUAGUGCUGAAUUUCCUUAUCUCAGUGACAGUGUUAGCACUUGAGAGGGUUGUUUGUGUUAUGUGGCAAUAAAAGGAAUAUGAGGUUCUUUUGCUUCAAAAUUUCUAAAUUCUUCCGCCCUCAAUUUACUGCCCAAUCAUUUGGGUGUGGGACAGACACCUCGUGUGGUCUUUGAGUUGAGCAACCGCACCCUUCCAUCAAAUUGAGACGCUUUCAACGGAUGGCUUCAUUUGAUUUUGAUGCCAUUGUUCCAUCGUUGUCAUUUGAAUGAAUCGAAUAAUCACUUUACGUUAAUCGUCUUUCUUUUAUUGUCCUUUCCCGCAAUCAGUGCCAUGUAUUGACCCCUACACGUUCCUUGGUACUUUCACGUGGAAUUUUUUUUCGGUUGCGUGCUGUAUAUGACGCUACCGUAUUCUAGGGACAUGGCUUUCUGAAACAGGCACUAGGAUUAUACUAUAAUUUAUGGUAAGAAAAUUACUGAGCCGAGAAAUCAAGGUGAGAAAUUGAAUCGGAUGAAAACUAAUCAAUGAUAACUUCAUGUGACAAAGAUGCUUGUUGGGAAGCUUCCCCAGCGCCAACAUAACUUUAAAAUAAACAGGCUAGAAGUAAGUCACAGGAAAAGGUAACCCUUCUCUCUCUUCGAUGUGAACCAAAGUAUAUUUCAAGGAGUGAAAAUUACUAAUGUGUUUUUUACUUCUGCUAACCAAACAUUUUUCAUAUAAACUAUAAAGAAUAAAAUUUUAGUCAUCUAACUAUCUAACAAUUAUAUGCCUGUUUGUUUGACCUUCAACCCAAGUUUAUGCACUUACCAAUGCAUGAAAACCAUUUUGUGAACAUGAUUUCUUAUUGUUAAAAAUUUUCAAUAUGGCUAGUCAUGAUUUGUAAGGGAGAAACAAUCAGGCCCUGUGCUGAGUUCUGCUUAAUUUAUAAUUGUAUAUACCACCACAAAAGAGCAACCUCGUUUGCCUCUCAAUUGUAUUCUUUAACUUCUCUAGUUGUUGACUAAACCAUGACAAGGUGCUAAGCUAACACAAGUUUGAAUCCCUUAGACAGAUCAUGGCAAAAGGAGUACUUGGUUUUGGCUCCCUCAAACCCAUUUGCACCUCAUUUGGUUGUUUGAUUGUUUAUUUUUUUCUGACAAAAAAACAAAGUCUGCUUAAUUUACCCGACAAUUUACCCAAUAGAGGCAUCGGAUAAUGCCUGUACAAGACUUUCCUCGCAUUGUUAGAAUACUUAAAAGUAAAUAGCUAACUUGGUUAUUGAAAAAUAAAAUAGUCACGCUAUUUAGUACGAAAAAAUUCAAUACGAAUUGAGUACGAAUCAGCAUGGAUACUUUUUGUUUCGUUAAAUAACAAGUAAAAAAAACAAAAAGACGAUUCGUACUAUCAAGUAUUACUAUUGAAAAAAUCAGGCAGUGGUUUUAAAAAUUAGAAUUAUCAAAUAAUUCUUCAAGAUUAUAAAGAGAGAUAGUUUAAUCUUUUGAUCAAUUUUUAAAUAUUUUUAGUGCAUCGUUAAUUUCUAAAAACGUGAACCUUGACCUAAGUUCAUAAUACAAUCCUUAGUGACCUUAAUUGGCACCUAAAAAUGUUAACUUAAACAAAUGAUAGGACUCUCAAUUAUCACGCAUUUGUAAUAUUGAAAAAUUAUUUAGUGACUUUAUUGUCUUUGAAGACCUUAGAUUGAUUUUUUUUGUUCAAAGAUCAAAUUGAGUGUUUAGUCUAAAAGGAACUGUAGACUGAAAAGUAAUUUUGUUUCCAAACUGAGUAAAUAAGGAUUUAUUUACCCUAAAACGUCAUGAUUAAGAUAAACUUUAAAUUAAAGCAACAGUUAAAUUAAACCAACAGCAAAUAUAUUAUAUUUACUUACUUUAAAAAGUCUAUCUUAAUUACAAGUGGUGUCUCUCUCCUUUUAUCAAAUCAUUUGUAUAAAGAUUGUUUAGUAAUGCACAUGUAAUAAUAUUGGUGCGAUUGGUUUUACGUAUGAUGCAUGUAAAUUUUCAUUUAUUUCAACCUUCCUAGUUAUAGUUUUUGCCUGAAGUCUAUGUUUAAAUAUUUUUUAACGUUUUUUCAAAGAGACUGUAUGAACACGUGUUCCUUCGAUUAAUAACAUAACUGAAUAUGAAUGAGUUUAUUUGCCAUAUACGACCGAGGAGAUUUCCUUUCCUCAUAAAUAGUCUUGUCUUUGCAAUUGGAAUGGGGUGCUUUAACCACGAACUCAUUUCUGGAGACUUGUUUUUUGAGUUGUCAUGGUGAACAUUUCAGGACAAAACCAUAGAUACACACAUACUUCUUUGGGCUUUGGACUUAACAGCUACUAUAAGAAUAUCCACACACGACAAGUUACAACUACUAAAAUCAAUUAAUAUAAGCAAGAAACGUCCUCUGAGCACAUGGGCAAUGCAAGUUUGGGGGACGCAUACAAUGUACUCCUUACCUCGCAUUUCAUAUUUUAAAUUUUUUUCACACAACAUUUUAUGUUUUUGUGGUUUUAUAUGACAUUGGUUUUUGUACACCUUCCUUUUCCAUGUAAAGUGUACUUUGGUUUCUAAUCCUGCAUUCAUUUUAUCAAAUGGGUGUCUUUAAUAUUGCAAUUUGCAUGCAAAUUGAAUGGUUAGUCCAAGAAGAUGAAUUUUUCACACAACAUUUUAAAAUGUUUUGCUUGAUGUAUAAUUUACCUUUUGGUCUCAUCC